GUCAAAUGAAAAUUGUAUAAUUCAGUAAGACAUUUCAUGUUGCUUUCGACAGAGAGAAAGAAAACAAAGUCAGACUGGGCAAGACAGUAGAAAAAAAAAUCUCACUCACAUCACUAACAGAAAGGAGAAAAAAAACAGUACAUAUUCACGUCGAUUGAUUGCAAUCGAUUGCGAAUUUGUUAAUGUGCAAUUUGUGUUUUUUGUAAAUUUUUCGUUAUUUCGUUUGUUAAAUGGGUACGUCGUUGAGUCGUCAAAAUGCUGCGGUUGAGGAAGCAGAUGUGACUUUAAAUCAUCCGUACAAGUAUCCACCAAGAACGGGUACAUAUUUUGGCACUCAUUUCAUUAUGGGUGGUGAACGGUUUGAUACACCACAGCCCGAAGCAUAUUUAUUUGGUGAAAAUGGUGAUUUGAAUUUUUUAGGUAGUCGACCAACUGCGUUUCCGUAUCCGCCGCCACAAGCUAAUGAGCCAACGAAAACACUGAAGAGUUUGAUCAAUAUACGGAAAGAAUCGGUACGUUUUGUCAAAGUGGCGGAUAAUUCGCUGAAGAAUAGCAAUGAACCAACCAAUGACCACAACAAUCUAGUUAAUAUUGAGUUUGUGUUUGAUUCGGAUGCAAAAUGUGCCAUUCAAAUUUUCUAUUUUUGCACUGAAGAGGUCACGGCUACCGGAUUGACGUAUGUGCCACGCGAUCCCAAAAUGACGUCCGAAGUGUACCAUUGCAAGCGUGGUGUGAACCAAACAUUUUUACAAACAUCGCACGUUUUCAAUCCAAGUCUGUAUACCAAUGAUCUAUGUUAUAGCUCUGAUCGUGAUAUAUAUCCGGUUGUAAUUAAUUGUGUGGCCGACGAAGGACCGGAGGACAGUAAACAGUCACACACCACUAUCUGUGUAGUUGAUCAUCACUCGGAUGGAACAUAUGGUUUACGUGCAUUGAAACAGAAAAUUUUCGUCGACGGACUCUGUUAUUUGCUACAGGAAAUUUAUGGCAUCGAAAAUAAGUACAACAACAAGCAGGUGAAUAUUGAUGAUGACAAUGAGGAUAAUUCGGGUGAAUGUGUCAUUUGUAUGAGUGACACACGGGAUACGUUAAUACUCCCAUGUCGACAUCUAUGUUUGUGCAAUUCGUGUGCCGAUUCACUGCGCUAUCAGGCCAACAAUUGUCCAAUAUGUCGGGCACCCUUCCGUGCACUAUUGCAAAUUCGUGCCGUUCAGAAGAGUUCGAGUGGUGCGCACACAAAUAUUACAACGCCACAGCAGCAAGCAUUACAAGAUACAAAUGCCGAAAAUGUUCCGCCCGGCUAUAUAGCCGUUUCACUGAUUGAAGCAUUGAAUGGACCCACCCCAAAUUCAACAUCAAUCAAAAGCCAAUUGGAUAUGGUGGGCACUGAUCCGCACAACGAAACGGAUUCCAUUAAAAGUGCUGCCGAAGCCUUGAAUCGAUGUGAUGACUCAAUAAAUGACAAAGCACGUGCUGCAAAAGACAAAAACAUUACACCCGAAAUAAAAAUGUCGGUUCUGUUGCCAAAGGAAGACAAUAAUAAUGGAAAAGUGUCAAAUAGUCUUCGUGAGAAAGCGCAACGUCAGAAGAGCAGCGGUCAGACGGCAAAGCAACAGAAUCGUGAUAGCCUGCAUUUGGUAAAUGAGAAAAAUGCAACUAAUUUACAGCCAACUGAACAAGAUGAUGACAGUGAAACGGAAAAUUUGUCGCCGCUUCUUUAUCACAAGAAUAAAAAGUCUCAAAUGAAACACGGUAAAAGGACAGUGAACGCAUCAACGGCAGCCGCCGUAACAGCCACGACACAAUUCCAAACAUCACAGCCGCAAACAGCACUGCACAUUGACGGGGUGAACGAGUCGAUUGACGAUACCGACACAGACAUAGAGGAACGUGAAAUCGAAAAAAAUACCCGAUUCACUGGUAAGCAACGUGAAAAUGUCGAUACGGAUGGUAAUAACAUCUGCAGUACUGAAGAUUCUGACUAUUUUACGCCCGAAGAUCCGCACACCACAAUAUUGAGCCCCCUCUGUCCCGAUAAAAAUAAGGGUAAUGACAAGACUAGAUCAAAGGAGAGUUUAUCAUCAUCAGCAGCACCGUCUCCAUUGGUCGCACUCAAGGAAUCUUCUUUGCCAGACAGUCCAUCAAGUUCGGCCGAUAGUUACUCAUCGUCAUCGUCGACGCGUAAACUUUUAUCGGCUCCAUUGCAUGAAUUACAAAUAACAACAGCAGCUACGACCGCAACUAUUCCGACGCCAUCACUGGCUGCCAGCCGUAUUAUUGAUAUUAAAGUUCGAGACGAUAAAAAAAUUUCCAUUGAAAAAGCGGUCGAUGUUUGAAAGACAACAAUAAAAAUAAAACAUGCGCCAUUUUCGAAUGGACAUAGAAAUAAAACAAAAAAACAAA